AGCAAUACAAAACAGAUGACAGCUCAUCUCUUUUUGGACUCUCUUCCUGUAAAUGAAUGAGAGCAAUACAAAACAGAUGACAGCUCAUCUCUUUUUGGACUCUCUUCCUGUAAAUGAAUUUUAAUAUUUUAGGUCUCUUUUCUCUCAUAAUCAUCUGUCAUUAAUUACAGAGACCUAGUUUGAAGAAAAAUUAUGCCCUGAGCGGCUCUGUACUGAGAAAAAUUAUGGCGGAUGAGGGCGAUAAGACUGUAAGACGAGUGUGUGUGACUGGAGCAGCGGAAUAAAUAAUAUUUUAGGUGCAGUUUACCUCACAAUCUUCUUUCAUUCAUUACAGGGGACAUAUUUGAAGAAAUAUUAUGCCCUAAGCAGCCCUGUCCUAAGUUCUCCAUUGACUGCAUGGCGGAAAAGGGUGAGCAUACUAUAAAACGAGUCUGUGUGACUGGAGCAGCGGGAUACAUCGGAUCAUGGCUGGUAAAGAAUCUUCUGGAGAGGGGUUAUACAGUGAACGCCACUCUCAGAGAUCCAGGAGACGAGAGGAAAUCUCGGCCUUUGUUAGAUUUGGCAGGGGCACAGGAGAGGCUUAAGCUCCUCCAAGCUGAUCUGCUGAAAGAGGGAAGCUUUGAUGCUGCAGUGGAGGGUUGCGAGGGAGUUUUUCAUGUAGCCGGUCCUAUGGGUGGAGCCUCAGCUGAUGAUUACAUUGUGCCUGCUGUAAAUGGUGUACUUAAUGUGAUGAAAGCAUGCACAAGAGCUAGAUCUGUUAGGAGAGUGGUUUUCACUUCAUCUGCCUCUGCUACUUGUCCAUUGGAUGAUAAGGGGGAGUUAGCUCAUUCAUGCAUUGAUGAGUCAUGUUGGAGUCCUCUGAAUUUCCUUAAAUCUCAAACAAAUUCUACAGCUUGGUAUAUGACUGCAAAGACAUUAGCAGAACAGGAAGCCCUUAAUUAUGGUGCCCAAUACAAUCUUGAGGUGAUAACAGUGCAACCAACUUUUGUCAUUGGACCUUGGUUUACAAACACACAUGACUUGACAUCUUUCCAAGUAAUAUCUGGUCUAAUUGGAGUAAAUGAUGCAUACUAUGAAGUAGUGAAGUAUAUCCAAUCUGUAUUUGGCUCCAUAGGAAUAGUUCAUAUUGAGGAUGUAUCCAAUGCCCAUAUAUUUUUGAUGGAGCAUCCUAGUGCACAAGGCCGCCAUGUUUGUCUUGUUGAUUUUGCAACCAUCAAAUCUAUUAAAGAUUUUCUUGCUAAACAAUUAAAGACUUCACUUAAGUUUCAUGAGGAGGACUCUCAUAACAAAUAUGUGCCAUACUCUUCCAAAAAGUUAUUGGAUAUGGGCUUCUCUUACAAGUAUAGUUUGGAACAAGCUUUUGAAGAUGGUAUAGAAUGUGCCAAAAAAUACAAUCUUUUGAAUUUAUAAUCCAAAGCUUAGACCUUUGGCCAAAUUAGAUUUACUUUAACUACAAACUUCUAUUUCAUAUAAUUAUCCUAAUAAACCUAUCAUCAAAUUUUAUAAGCUUUGAAUGUUGUAAUUCUAUUGGUUCUUGGUUCAAAAAAAUAAAAUUCUACUAAUAUAUUUAUGUGGCAUUUCUAUUAAUUUUAUAAACAAAAA